UUUCCCUAAUCCUGCUUGUUUCUUUGUCGAGUUCAUAUGAGAAUUUCGUGGAUUCUUUUAUUGCUAGCAAAGAUAGCUUGUUUAUCAUACAAGGAUAAGAGGAACUUUCUAUGGAGUGGCGAUGGGGAUAAGAGGAAAAUUCCUCUGGUUGAUUGGAAGGUUUGUAAAUCAUACAAGGAUAAAGGGGCCAUGGGUAUUAGGGUUCUUUCCUCUUUUAAUAGCGCAAUGCUAUGCAAAUGGAUCUGGAAAUUCGGUGUUAACAGGAAUGGAUGGUGGAGAGGGCUUAUUAACAUAAAGUACCCUAACGAAAGAUCUCAGUGGCGGUCGAGGUACAUGUAGGGUAGACGAUCAAGUUCGAUAUGGGCGAACAUUGUGAAAGAGUCCGAGACUCUCUGGAAUUAUGCACAGAUAGAACCCAGGAGUGGGGCUCAUGUUUCCUUUUGGUUCAAUCGAUGGCUCCCGAAUCUCUGCCUUGCUGAUAAUUUUCCUCGGGUUGCUGCUACGGCAUCUCUCCUGGAGGCGAGGAUCAACGAUAUCGUGAAGCUUUCAGGUGAUUCUGUUUCUUUCAAUUUAAACCUCGAUUUUGAUCUUCGAAGGGGGGCAGAACAAGAAAGGAUUAACUUGAUUUCUCUUCUCGGUUCUAUUGACUUUACUGCUAGGGCUUUUAGUCCCUGCAAAUUGUUAUGGCUUCCGAAUCCGGAAGCUGGAUAUUCAGUUCAUUCUAUGUAUAGAACUUUAAUGGAAAGCAAAAAUCUCGGCGUUCCCAAUUUCUCGGCGAAUUCAGUGUGGAGAAAGAUUGUACCUGCAAAGAUUUGCUUCUUCAUCUGGACAGUGGCACAUCGCAAGAUUUUGACGAUUGAUAUGCUGCAAAAGCGAGGGUGGAGUCUCGCUAAUCGAUGUACGCUCUGCUGCAAAGACGAGGAGUCGAUUCACCAUCUUCUCAUCAGCUGUAGCUUCACUCAUCAUGUGUGGAACCUGAUAAGGAGGAGAUGCAACCUCAACAACCUCCCUAUUAGUGAUGAUAUUGCUUUCACAAUCAAGGAGUGGCCUUUGGAUGUACCUAAAUGUGGGGAUGGUUGGCUUUGCUACUAUGCUUUUCAUGCAACCUGUUGGUUUAUUUGGCUGGAGCGUAACAGCAGAAUCUUCAGCGAUAUCAUGAAAAGCCCGGAUCAGAUUGCUAGGAGAAUCCUGAUGAAUGUUGCUGGAUGGUUUGUUGCCAAAGAAAAAGUCGAUCGUACCGCUACUGCUGCUUGGCUUAGAGCUCGUCUACAACUGAUUGAAUGAUGGGUUUCCCUUUUCGGGUUGGGUGGUCUCCCCGUUUUGUUUCGUUUUCUUUUCUUCUUUUCCAGUCCUUCUGGUGGGCCUAGCUUUUCUCUUCCUUGUUUUUGUAUGUUCUCCAAUCAUGACAACACUCCUUGUGCUCAUGAUUGUGUACUUUUUACAUCCCUUUUAAUCUCAUUCACAUCAUAAAAAAAAAGAUAGCUUGUCGUUGGAGGAUGUCGAUCCGCUCUUCACACGAGAGAGAUCAGACAUAAUAUAAAUAAUCAAUUAAUGU